GUAACGGUAAGACGAGCGGCGGCGGCCGGGCAGAGCGCGGCGGGAUGGCGCUGAACUCGGUCUGUGUGCGGCUGCUCACGCUGUGCGUUUGUGUCGUGCUGACCUCUGCGAUGUUGUCUCACGUUGAGAAAUACGAGGUGGUCCGACCUCAGAGACUUCAGGGGAGACAGAGGAGGAGUCUGCGGGACAACCAGCUGUAUCCUGAUACGGUUCAGUACGAGUUCACCAUUGAGGGCACAAACCACACAAUUUAUCUGGAAAAAAACAGGAAUCUUAUUGGGAAAGGCUACACUGAAACACAUUAUUCAGAAGAUGGAAAACGGGUGACGACAUCGCCAAACGAGGAUCACUGCUUCUAUCACGGUCACGUUGCAGGCAUGAAGGACUCUGCGGUCAGUGUCGGGAUUUGUUCGGGCAUUAGUGGUUUUGUGAGAACCCGGCAGCAGGUGUACCUGAUUGAGCCUCUGGGUCAGUCUGACGAUGGCGACCAUGCGGUCUACAGACGGGAGCACCUGAAGAUCAGCAGCAGUCUCGGCUGUGGCUCAUCGUCCAACACCACCACGCUGUACGACCAGGAGCAGACGCCUCGGCUUUCUGGUCUCUUCAGGUCUAGAUCAUGGAAAACUAAACCCAUCGUAGGUCCACAGAGGUUUGUCGAGCUGUUUGUGGUGGUGGACAAUACUGAGUACAAGCGAUACGGAAGCAAGACUAGUUCCCGUGUUCUUGGAGUUAUAAAUCACGUUGACAAGCUGUAUCGACCUCUGAACAUCCGCGUCAUGCUGGUGGGCUUGGAGAUUUGGACGGACAAAGACCACAUUAACGUUGACUUAAAAUCGGAGACUACCCUGGACAAUUUCCUCCUGUGGCGGCAGGCCGAUCUUCUGCAGAGGACGAAGCAUGACAAUGCCCAAUUUGUGACUGGCAAAGAUUUUGAAGGAGACACAGUCGGACUGGCAAAUAAGUAUGCCAUGUGUACUGGAAACUCAGGUGGAGUCAAUCAGGAUCACCAUGAUAACCCAAUAGGCCUCGCCUCCACCAUCGCUCAUGAGAUGGGACAUAAUUUCGGGUUGUCUCAUGAUGCUUUAGGUUGUAUGUGUGGUCCGUCUUACAGCAGUGAGAACUGUGUGAUGGCACCAAAGCUCAGGACAGGAAAUGAAGCAUUCCCAGAGUUAUUCAGCACCUGCAGUUUUGAGCAGCUCGCCGAAUUCAUGGAGCGAGCUCGGCCCAGCUGCUUGUCCAAACCCAGCUCUGCGAGGACCAUCACCGAGGGGCCGAGCUGCGGUAACGCCCUGGUGGACCCCGGAGAGGAGUGUGACUGCGGCACGGUGGAGGAAUGCAAGAACCCCUGCUGUGAUGCCUCAACUUGUCUCCUGACUGCAGGAUCCAAGUGUGCUCAUGGACAAUGCUGUGACAACUGCCAGUUGAAACCGGCUGGAAGUGUGUGCAGAGAGGCAGCCGGUGACUGCGACCUGCCUGAUUACUGCACCGGAGCGUCGGAGGAUUGUCCCGAGGACAGCUUUGAGAUGAACGGGAAGCCGUGCUACGACCAGGCGCAGGGCUACUGCUACAACGGACACUGUCCCACACACGAGCAGCACUGCUGGAGGCUGUUUGGAGCAGGCGCCAUAGUUGGACCAGAUGUGUGUUUCAACCUGAACAAACGGCGGGAAGAGGGUGCCAACUGUGGGAGGAGCAAACUGGGCUUCACCCCCUGCGCUCCACAGAAUCUUAAGUGUGGAUCUAUAUUUUGUGGCGGAGGGGGCGAGUCAAUCACAGGUAAAAUGGCGGCCUACAACAUGUUCAAGAUCGAGUGUAAAAUAGCCGUGGAGGACGAUAAAACCAGAAACAUCGACAUGGUGCCGCAGGGGACCAGAUGUGGAGCCGAUAAGGUUUGCCUCAACAACAGGUGUGUGGAUGUGUCGGUUUAUGGGAAAAAGGAGGACUGUGAAAAGAAAUGCAACAACAACGGGGUGUGUAAUCAUAAAGAAGAGUGCCACUGUAAUCCCGGCUGGGCGCCACCUUACUGUGACGUCCAGUUCGCAGAUUUACCUCCAGAUCAGAGCAGGAUAAUAGCUGGUGUGUGUGCAGCGCUCUCUGUGCUGCUGGUGCUCGCCGCAGUGACUGCAGGGCUGAUGUGCUGCAGGAAGGACAACAUGGACAACUACAUCUCCAAAAGGAAAGUGCACUCAGCGCCGGACAAGCUGAACCCGAUGUUCCAGGAGUCGAGCGUUAAAGAGAGACCUCAGAUCAGUCAGCCCACUUUCAUGGAGUCAACAGCAACACAAGCCUGCAGCCCUCUGAUGGUCAGCGUGAGUCCCUGCAGAGCCGCUCCGCAGCCACCAAAGAAACUCUCCUCAGGGUGUCCGACCUCACAAACUGAACCGACAAAACCUCCGUCUAAACCUUUACCUCCGCUGAGUAAACCACAGUACUCGGCAGUCAGACCGGGUCCUCCUCCUCCUGUACCUCCAGUCAAACCCAGCCCUCCUCCUCCUCCGCCCCCAGCGAAGCCACAAGUUCUCCGACUCAUUUGAAAUAGUCAUUAAAGUAUCAAGUUUUACCAAAGAGGAAGAAAUCCAGCGCGGAGUCAUAGAGCGCGAGAUCUGGGAUCAUACGUGUGAGUCACAGAGGUCACAGAGGUCACAGAGUUUGGAAAAGUUUCCUCUUUGUCUUAAAGACGGCCGAGUGACCGACUGAGAAUGUGUUUGAUGACCAGCAGCUUCACAGCAGCUGUGGAAACAAAUGAUUUUGGGGGGCAAAAUGGUGCUCACAUGGAAAUGUACUUAAUUAUUUAUUUAAUGUGUUUUUAGGGACUGUAUGAAAAUUAUUAGAGGGUGAUGCAGAGGCAAAAAGGGGGUUUGUAUUAUAACCUUUUGCUCAACAAAAGGGCGGUUUAAAGUUUUUGGAGUAGUUUGUUUUCCAUUUUUCUAAUCUCAGAUUUAUAUUUUAUGUCCUUCUCUCAGAGCUCAGUUUAGUCAGCGAUGGUGGUGAUGAGGGUUCAGUUAACCCUUUGAAACCUGGAUCAACAUCACUUUACAAGCGGUUAAACCCUUUGAAAUCUGAGCAAAUUUGUUUGAUUUCUUUGGGAAAAAAAAACAUGCGAAGAAUGUCAAACAACUGGCAAAAACAUUCGUAAAAGAUGACAAGAAAAUGACCUGAAAAAAAUAUAUAUAUAAAAAUGUUUUUAAAAAUGAUACAUUUCAAACAAAAUUCAAAAAUACAUUUCAAACAUACAUUUUACUGUUUACAUUUCUCAUAGCAAUGAGCUAAAACUCGAUAAACUCUCGUAACGGUGAGAGGAGCUGCAGAUUCAGCUGAUAGCUCUCUGUCCAUCACCAGACUCAUGUCGUACUGUACAUCAUUAUUUUUAUAAAAGUUAAGUUUUUAUUGAACAAUUUGUACCAAUUUAACACCCUUACAUUGUUUUGAAACAACAGCGGAGAGAGUUUAGUUUAGUUUUUUUGACUUCUCACUCUAAUAAUUUCCAUACAGUCCCUAAACUUCGUCCAAAGCCAGUCUGCCUUCUGAGGGUUAAUUUGUGUAAUUUUUGCACUGUACUUGAAAACCUAUGAACGGUACACACAGUAUUCAGACGACCUGUGUGAGUCACUGUGGCUCAGCUUGAAACAUUUACGUUUUCCUGUGUUUGUGUCCCGAGGGACGGUGCGUGACGGAGCCUCGAGGAACACGCAGUUGUUGUUUAGUUGUUGUUUUUUUUUACUGCACUUUUAUGUUUCUAUAGUAACAGUCGGGGUUUAUACCUUGGUGGUUAAGUUAUAAGUUAGAAGCAUAUCACUGAUUCUUUCUCAAAUAGGAAUAAAAGUAAUGAUUAUUUGUAUUAUCCACUAAUUUGCUGAUUAUUUUCACAAGUACUUUGUUAAAAAAUUAGUCUAUAAAUUUAAAAAACUGUGAAAAAUGCUCAGAGCCCAAAGUGCCUUUUUAAUCCAAACAUCAUUUCAUUUACAAUCAUAAUAAAGAAAAACAGCAAACUAUCACAGUUAAGAAGCUGGAACCAGCAAAUAUUUUACAGUUUUGCUUAAAAUGAUAAUCAAAAUAUUUGGCAAAUCAUUUUUUUGAUCAACUAAUUGUUGCAGAUCCGGACUUCAAAUCAAAUAAUAUCAGUGUUGUGAUCACAAUCGUUUUAAUCUGUCACGUUACUGAAUGUAAUAACAAUGUAAUAACAUCUGAGGCCUUUUGUCGCAGCAGCUAAAGAGCACUUUAUGAAAAACGUUUGAUCCGCAGAUUCUUCAGUUUAUCUGCUGUUUUCUCAGAUGUUUAUUGUGUGAAUUACAUAAUGAAUUAAAGUUUUUCUCGGUGAA